UGCGCUCAGUUCUAUUGGAAUGUUUGAAGCGAAUACACAUUGGUUGCAUUAACUGCACAUAAUAAAGUUAUACGUUAACAGUGGUGUACAUCUAUUUUCAUACAUAUAUGUGCAUGAGUUGCAUGGAAUUGUAAAUGAUUCAGUUAAUAAUAAAAAAAUCCAUUUUUUUAUAUUCUUGGGAUUAUAAUUUAUUGUGUGUGAUCAUAAAUAUUAAUAAGAAUUUUUGAAAGACUUUAACUGUGUUUAAUUGCCAACCGCCAAUAAUUAUCUUGUGUCUUUUGUAAGAACCGAAGUUUGAUAUUGAGUGUACUCAUGCGACGAUAAAUGAACAUGUUCUAAUCGGCUUCAUUUUUUUAUUGUAAAUACUCACUUUUAAGUUGGAAUAUAGUCAGUUAGCGUACAUUUGCAGUUGAUACAUAUUACUUAUAUGGUUAAUAAAUUAACACGUUCAGUAAAAAAAAAGAAGCAGCUGUGUACAAACUACUAUUUGUCUUUGGGAAAGACAACAAACCGUUUUCACACAUGGCAUUUUUAUUGUUUUGAGUCAGACGAUUGAAUGUUCCAUCUACAUUUUUUAUGAGGGCUCAAGUUACAACAUUCUUGGAUAUAUAAAUGGUCUUACAAACGUUAAACCCGUUGGAACUAAAUGUGACUUCAAACACGUAAAGAGGAACAAAUUAAGAUGUGAACAAUUUUCUAUAAAUUGAAUUUUUUUGUGUAAAUCCAGACUUUAAAUUAACCCAUUCAAUCGAAAGUGAAUCUACUAAAUUACAUUGAGUCUACAAAAAAUUUGGGUGUUGAAGUGCCAACGGAAAACUUGAAAAACAGAUUGAAUUUUCCUCAAAACAUUAUUGUGUGUGUGUGACAAUGAGUUACGAUAACAACGUACGGAAGCUGUCCUUCUUAGGAUUUGGGACGGACAAAAAUGGCGAUCCAGAUGAAGUUAAACUUGAUGCCGAAAUGGAAAAAGUGUUUGCUGGCAAAGGCCGAGAACGAGAAAAAUUUGAUGUAGGACAAUUUCGAGACGAUGAAAAUUCAAAGUUCAGUGAUCAAGUUUAUGAGUCGAAUCGUUCAAAACGAAAAGAAUCGCGAAGAACAAGCUCAAUGAAACCGCGUGAUUCUUCACAAGACGAUUCACCAGAAAAGACUGUACAUAGUGCAUCCUCCACAGCAACUGGAAGUCCAGUAUUGGUUAGCUCACGGCAUAUCGACGACGAACCAUUAAUUUCUCAACGUGCUGAGCACGCUGAGCACUUAUCAGACACUUCCGGAGACGAAAAGCGAGUACAAUUCAAUAAAAAGAAAUCGGUGCCAAAAAUUGAAUCAGCAGAUAACGAUAGUGAGAACGAUGAUCAUCGUAAACGCAAGGGACGCCACCAACACUACAAACCACGUAAAACAUCGUUGCAAGAAACUAGUUCAUCACGUCGUCCCGUUACAACUGAAAGUGGAGUACCACCGCGUCGAGUAUCCGUGCAACCUGAAGACACAACUUUACAAGAAGCAGACAUCGACGAAUUAAUUUCGCACCGAUCAGACGAUCCUAGAGGCAUGCGACGUCACAAAAUUCAACCGUCAGAGCGGUCAUCUCGCCGAGACAAGGAAAUUCCCACAACGAUUUCAUCGCCUAAGAAACAUUUUGAUCAUAGCCCUCAUGAGGUGUUCGUACAACUUGACGAACUGCAGGGCACAGGAGAAGAGCGAGAAUGGAAAGAAACUGCUCGUUGGAUUAAAUACGAAGAGGACGUUGAAGAGGGAUCCGAUCGAUGGGGUCGUCCCCACGUAGCAUCUCUAUCGUUUCACUCUUUGCUGAAUUUGCGAAGAUGCUUGGAAACUGGCGUUGUCUUGAUGGAUUUAGAAGAGAAGGACUUACCAGGAGUUGCAUACAGAGUUGUCGAGCAGAUGGUUGCAGAAGAAUUGAUUCACGAAGAUGACAAAGUGAUUGUUAUGCGUUCGCUGUUACUCAGACAUCGUCAUGUCAAUGAGCACUCACACGGAGGAUUCUCGUUUGGACCUAGGAAGAAGUUCAGCAGCUAUACUAGCUUACAGACUUUAUGGAUGGAAGAGGAUCCAUUUGGUAUCAGGGGCAGUCGAACGCGAGUAGCUACACCAACGCCAGCAAUCACAAUAAAUGCCCCUGAGCCAUAUACGUUGUCUAAACAGUUUCGUCGGCACUCAUCUUAUUCGUACAAAAUAAAUCUAGCGAACGAUACGAAAGCAAAAAUUCAACCACUCAGUGAUAUGCAUAGUCAUUCUGGUAAUAGUGACACUAAAAUCGAUAUAAAAGAGGAGACAUACUCGUCGUCACAGGAGGACCUAAAACGAACGACAAAUGAUACAAUUUUGAAGCGAAUACCUGUAGGUGCUGAAGCUACUACGGUUCUGGUUGGUGCAGUUGAUUUUCUGAAGCAACCGACUAUCGCAUUCGUUCGAUUAGCUGAAGGAAUUCCGAUUCCCGGUGUAACCGAAGUACCGAUUCCGGUGCGUUUUAUUUUCAUUUUACUGGGACCGAAAACUGUGGAACUAGAUUAUCACGAAGUUGGUCGAUCGAUUGCUACACUGAUGACCAAUGAACAUUUCCACAAAAUCGCAUACAAAGCUGAUGAUCGACGAGAUUUGUUGUCAGCUAUCAAUGAAUUUUUGGAUGAAUCAAUUGUGUUACCUCCCGGCAAUUGGCAAAGAGACGACUUAUUGCCAUUCAAUGAAUUGAAAGCGAAAAGUGAAUGGAUUCGUGAGAGAAAGACAAAAGCAUUAUUGCAAAAAAAUAAAGACAAGCAAGCGAUUGUUGAUGAGGAAAAACAAUUGCUGGGUGUGAGUGGUGACGGUGAUGGUGGUGGUAAAAAACCGCCAAAAGGACCUCUGGAGAAAACUUAUAGACCGUGGGGUGGUUUAAUCAAUGACGUAAAACGACGAAUUCCCAUGUACAAAAGUGAUAUUUUGGAUGGCCUAAAUUCCGAGACUCUUGCCGCUACACUUUUCAUGUACUUUGCUGUUCUUUCAACCGCGAUUACAUUUGGUGGUCUAGCUUCUGAAAAAACCAACCGACUCAUCGGAAUAUCUGAGACGCUGGUUUCGGGCUCUUUUGUGGGUCUAAUAUUCCACGCGUUAUGUGGCCAGCCACUAACGAUCGUGGGAACGACAGGUCCAUUACUGUUGUUCGACGAUGCGCUGUAUCAGUUUUGCUUGCAGAAUGGUAUUGCGUUUCUGACCGUUCGAAUUUACAUAGGACUAUGGAUGGCAGUUAUAGCAGUUGUUAUAUCCGCAUUCGAGGGAAGUGUAUACGUGCGUCUGUUCACACGUUUUACACAGGAAAUAUUCUCGGCACUGAUCACAUUGAUCUACUUAGUUGAAACACUCUUAAAAUUGGUAAAAGUUUACCAAAGGCACCCGUUGUACAAAGAAUAUGUUUAUGUGGACACUAAUAGAAUGGCUCCGAUUGCUGAAGCUUUCACUCUGGAAGGAGGCAAUGAUACAUCUACAAAUAUUGCCGACAACUCAACAACGGCAACAACAGCUACGUUUGCUCAACUAGUCACCAUGGUGACUAGGCUGUCGGAUAAUGUCACCGACAAGUUUGAAGGACUUAUUCCCUCAGAUGAACACGGAAUGCGUAAUCAACCGAACACUGCGUUGUUCUGUACUAUUCUUACAUUAGGAACAUUUACGGUCGCUUUUUACCUGAAGAUGUUCAGAAAUUCGCAUUUCCUGGGACGGAAUGCCAGAAGAGCAUUGGGAGAUUUCGGUGUUCCAAUUUCUAUUGCUCUGUUCGUCUUAGUUGAUUAUUUGAUACCAGAGGUAUACACCGAAAAGCUCAUUGUUCCGGAAGGCAUUUCCCCGACUGAUUCAGAUAGACGUGGCUGGAUGAUACCACUGGGCCCAGUACCAACGUGGCUCCCAUUUGCGGCCGUUAUUCCAUCAGUUUUGGUUUACAUUUUAGUGUUUAUGGAAACCCAAAUAUCCGAACUGAUUGUGGAUAAACCUGAAAGAGGAUUGAAGAAAGGCUCCGGUCUGCACCUGGACAUAGUUCUGCUGUCAUUUUUGAAUGCAUUUUGUGGACUGUUUGGUAUGCCUUGGCACUGUGCAGCGACGGUUCGAUCCGUGACUCAUGUGAGCUCAGUGACAAUAAUGUCCAGAACACACGCCCCCGGUGACAAACCACAUAUUGUCGAUGUGAAAGAACAACGACUUUCUGGCUUAGUUGUAUCGUUGCUGGUUGGAUGUUCGGUGACUAUGGCACCGUUACUACGACUUAUUCCGAUGGCUGUUCUAUUCGGUAUUUUCUUGUACAUGGGCGUCUCAUCUAUGAUAGGUGUUCAAUUCUUCGAUAGAUUGCGACUCUUCUUAAUGCCAGUCAAGUAUCAUCCGUCUGAAGAGUAUGUGAAACGAGUGCCUACAUGGAAGAUGCAUUUAUUUACGUCGGCACAAGUUCUUUCCCUAGCAGUAUUAUGGGCAGUCAAAUCUUCUAGCAUAUCAUUAGCAUUUCCGUUUGUGCUCGUUAUGAUGGUACCACUACGACAAUAUCUCGGUCGUAUGUAUAAAGAGCGAGAACUUAAUGCGCUCGACGGAAGUCCCCCAAAAAUUGAUCCGAACGACGAAGCAGAUUUUUAUGAGCAAUCGUCAAUGCCUGCCUAAGCUUAUCAAUACAUAUUUUUGAGCGUUUUUUUUAAUGUUUUGAGGUACAUUGGCCUUUGUAGGCUAGAAUAUGUAAUAACCUAUUGUUGAAGACGACGAAUAAUGCGAAAAUUACAGUGUAGAUGGGAUAGCUUUUCAUCGUCAUCCCCCACCUCGAUUAUAAUUUUCACAUUAUAUCCAUUUGGUUAGAAUUACUAUUUUAGUGUGAACAUACACGCUGGCAGCAAGACCUCACGACAAAAUAUUUGUAAAAAAAAAAAAUCUUAAAGAAAUUUAUCGUUAACCUUCUCCAGAUAGUUAUAUCAUUGGUUAUCAGCCGUUGUUGUUACAUCUAACUAUUGAGACUAUAGUAGAAUACAUGAAUCAUUUACGUGCGGAGAUGUGAGUAACUAUACUUCAAUUAGUUGAAAAUACUUCGACAAAAUGAAGUAGAAGAUUUGAUAACUAUUCAUGAUAUAUUUGCCGUCUGUGAAAGGUUAAUUACGUGUACCUUCUUGUACUUAACUGUAUUAGAGAAUAUUUAGAUAACAUUAAGACAAACAAAUCAAAUUUAA